AUGGGGCUGUUUGACAGAGGUGUUCAGAUGCUUUUAACCACCGUUGGUGCUUUCGCUGCCUUCAGCCUGAUGACCAUAGCUGUGGGAACCGACUACUGGCUGUACUCCAGAGGGGUUUGCAAGACUAAAAGUGUCAGUGAGAAUGAAACCAGCAAAAAGAACGAAGAAGUCAUGACCCAUUCUGGAUUAUGGAGAACCUGCUGCCUGGAAGGGAAUUUUAAAGGUCUGUGUAAGCAAAUUGAUCACUUCCCUGAGGAUGCAGAUUAUGAAGCCGACACAGCAGAGUAUUUCCUCCGGGCUGUGAGGGCCUCCAGUAUCUUCCCCAUCCUGAGCGUGAUUCUGCUUUUCAUGGGGGGCCUCUGCAUCGCAGCCAGUGAGUUCUACAAAACCCGACAUAACAUCAUCCUGAGUGCCGGCAUCUUCUUCGUGUCUGCAGGUCUGAGUAAUAUAAUCGGCAUCAUUGUGUACAUAUCAGCCAAUGCUGGAGACCCUUCCAAGAGUGACUCCAAGAAAAAUAGCUACUCUUAUGGCUGGUCCUUCUACUUCGGGGCCCUGUCCUUCAUCAUUGCCGAGAUGGUGGGAGUGCUGGCUGUCCACAUGUUUAUCGACCGGCACAAACAGCUUCGAGCCAAUGCCCGUGCCACGGACUACCUCCAGUCCUCCGCCAUCACCCGCAUCCCCAGCUACCGCUAUCGCUACCAGAGACGAAGUCGCUCCAGCUCCCGCUCCACCGAGCCUUCCCACUCCAGGGAUGCAUCCCCCGUGGGCAUCAAAGGGUUCAACACUCUGCCCUCCACAGAGAUCUCGAUGUACACCCUAACCAGGGACCCCCUGAAGGCCGCCACCACCCCCACCACCACGUACAACUCUGACAGGGAUAAUAGCUUCCUCCAAGUUCACAACUGUAUCCAGAAAGAGAACAAGGACUCUAUCCAUACCAACACAGCCAACCGCCGUACCACCCCUGUAUGAA